UGGUGGCUGGUAAGAGUAACUUAUACAGUUUAAAUCGUAAAUCAUUUAGGAACAUCAGAAUGAAGAUGUUCAUAAAUUUCAUACAUUGAUUGAUAUUUAAGAUGAAUGUGUUUUGCAUGGACGAACGUAUAUUUUUCUGAAAGUUUGAAACGGAUUUAAGUUUCCCGCAAAGUGAAAAUGUUUGCUGCGACUCAGAAGUACAUUCCCGGAUUGAACCAAAGGCCAGUCACUCCACCAGGAGAAAAAACACCAGUUUCUAAAAUUCCAAAAGAGAUUCCAAGGGAGCUCAUAGAAAGUUUCAGAUAUGGAUCUAAGCAGCCAAUCAGUGCCCUUAAUGAGUACUGCGCAUUAAGACGCCUUGUGGUUUCAUACCACGAGGAUGCAGUGCUGACGUACACUUACAAACAGACUUUUGCGUAUGUUUGCAAAGUUGAUGGUAAAGAGUAUCGCCAAGGUAUAGGCUCAACCAAAAAAGAAGCCAAGACCAAUGCUGCCAAAAUUGCUUUUAACAUCAUCCUUGGAUUUGAGGAAGAAGAGGAAGUUGAUGAUGAUGAUGGAUCAGUUGUGUAUGAUUCUAUGGGGAGAAGACUUGUUACUGAAUCGGGGAAAAGUAGUUUACAUGAGAAGCCACUAAAACCAGAUGAUUCCAAGAAUCCAGUAAACAGGCUCCUGGAGUACUGCUCUCGUAAGCUAAUGCCAUUCAAGAUCGAAGUUAGUGAUCAGCUGGGGCCUCAAGGAUUUGGUGCUGCAGUGUUUGUACGAGAUGAGUUUAUUGCUGAAUAUUUUAAUGAGAUUAAAAAGGAUGCCAAGAGAGGUGCUGCGGAACAGGCUCUGUACAGACUGAUGGAUAAUGAUGAGAUUGCUAAAAGUCAGACCAUUGAAAUGACAAUGGAAGACAAAAUGGCUGAGAAAUGCUAUAAGCAUGCACAUAAAGUACUCAGCUCAGUGCCCAGUGUUCUGAAAGAGGACCUCCAUCUGGCUGCUUUUCUAGUGAAAAGAGGUGACUCUGUGGGUGACGUGGUGGCCCUGGGAACAGGGACCAGGAGUCUAUCCAAUGAAAGUUUAUCCAAGGAUGGCAGGUGUCUGGUGGACAGCCACAGUGUUGUUAUAGCCAGGAGGGCCCUCCUUAAGUAUUUGUACAAGGAGGCAAAGAGUUACUAUGAAGGCAGUAAAGUAGUAUCCAUAUUUGAACAGGAAUCAGAGAAAUCCAUCUUCUUGAAACUGAAGGACCAUAUCUCAAUCCACCUGUUCAUGAGUCAUCCAACGUGUGGGGACUACGCCUAUUAUGUAGAGGAAAUGCCAAAUCGACCUUUAACACCCACAACAGAUGGCCUAGUUACCAAGGGUGCACACAUGCCAGCCUUCAGUGAUGACCUUCCAGGAUGGUUCUGUGUAAAAGAUGAAGAUGGGAUGGUCGAGCCCGUAGAGGAGCAUCAGAAGGCUCAGAACUUUGAGGAGAUUGAGAAUGGUGAAGACCUCCUGGUGAUGUCCUGUAGUGACAAACUGUUACAGUGGAAUGUUUGUGGCCUGCAGGGGGCGCUCCUCAGUCAUUUCACAGCUCCAGUCUACCUCUCCUCCAUCAUAGUUGGUGAAAACUAUGACCAUGGACAUUUCUGCCGGGCAGUGUGCUGCCGAGUGUAUGAUGUUCUACAGGAAUCCCUGCCUCCCAAAUACGAAAUCAACCACCCUGUUCUGUCUCAUCCAAACUUAGUCAAUCCAUUUAAUGGGACAGACGCCACUACAAAUAGUGCAAACUGGUCAGAAGGCGAUGACAAAGUGGAGAUAAUAAACGGAAACUCUGGAAGAGCAGCUGAUAUAUCACCACACAAAUCUCUCCCAUCAAAAGACUGCCCAAGCCGCUUAUGUAAGGCAGGAUUUUUGCAUCGAUUUAAGGACUUGGCAAAAGUGACAAAACAAUAUCAGUUGUUAAACUUCGCAUCAUAUGCAGAUGCGAAACAAUCUAGUCAUGUGUUUCAGACCGCAAAACAUGCCUUUAGACGUCACUGUGCUCAGAUAGGGAUCGGAGACUGGGUGACACUGCCACCAGAAGUGAAUUUAUUUCAGAGUUGAGACACUUUUACGGAGGAGAAUGUGUUAAUCCAUGCUGUGCCAUUCCAUCAAAUGUAGUGAUAGUGAACCACAGAGGAUAGUGAUGAUUAUUACGAACUUGAAAGCUGUAUGUAAAUCUGAGAGUAUAUCUCUAUCACCAAAUCAACAUUAUUUUUAUGCCCCCGCCAUGAAAUGGUUGGGACAUAUAGUGUUACUUACCCCUUAUCGUCUGUCAUUCUGUUAUAGUUUUCGGACUCUUUUAGGCCACCUGAGUUUACUUGGCAAUUGUUUGUCGUCGUGCGUUAACAAUUGAACAUUUUUAACUUCUUCUUGAUAACUACUAUUUCAAUUCUUUUCAAAUUUGGUAUGAAGCAUCUUUGGAGGAAAGGGGACAUAGAUUAUAAAUUUCAGGACUCCUGCACUCCUAGGGGUGAGGCAUUAAAUGUCCAAAAUUGACCAAUUUUCAAAGAUUUUCUUCUUUAGAACUGCACACAUGUCGGAAAAACUAAAUGCAUAGUGAUGUAGAGCAGUAAGGUUUCUACCAAAAUUGUAAAUUUCAUGAUCCCUAGAGUAGAGGUUCUGACCCCAGGGCAGAGCCAAACUUAGUAUAUAGUGUUUAUGUGUAAAACAAAUAACAUCUUCUUUAGUGGUAUUGAUACUAAAAUUGAAACUAAAUGGAUAUUUAGAAAGAGCAGGUAGCCCUUUACCAAAACUGUAAAUUUGAUGAUCCCAGGGGUAGGUGUUUUGGUAUCAGGGUGGGGCCAAAAUGGUCAGUUAUCAAAUGUGUGAACAAUAGAAAUUUUUUAACUUCUUGAUAACUGUCAUUUCAAUUCUUUUCAAAUUUGGUAUGAAGCAUCUUUGGAACAUGGGGAACAUAAAUUGUUAAUUUCAGGAAUCCUGCACUCCAGGGGUCUUAGGGGCGGGGCAAAAACUGUCAAAAAUUGACCAAUUUUCAAAAAUCUUCUUUUCUAGAACCGAACAUGUUGAAGAAAAACUAAAUGCAUAAUGAUGUAGAGCAAGAAGGCCUCUACCAAAAUUGUAAAUUUCAUGAUACCCUGGGGGCCAAACUUAGUAUAUAGUGUUUAAGUGUAAGUUUGCUGAUACUGUAUAAAAUCUAAUUGCAUAUUUACUCAGAUGACCGAUAAGGCCUGUAAGCCUCUUGUUUUUUGGGGGGUUGUUGUUUGGGGUUUUUUUUGGUUUGUUUGUGUGUUUUUAAUUUAUUUCUUGCAGAUAAUGAGCUAAUAUUUAGCAUGCAUUUUUAUAUUGAUAACUCACAGCUCGAGUUUGAUUUCAUGUCAAUUCAUCUAUUUUCACCAAUGUUAUUGCCCUUAGACUUUGAAAAUUUAUAAUUAUUAACCAUUUUCUGGGGAAAAAAUUUCAUGUUCUUUUAGAUCAGCAGAUAUCAUGUCAUUUUAUUGUCACCUUGAUCUUUGUUAUAUUAAAAUUCAUGCAUUAUUCUCAAUCUUUAAUGUCUGUUAGUUAUCUAAAUAGUGUCUCAAUGAUACCUUGCUCUUCCAUGUUCUUAGAAUCUGAUAUAAUUCUCUUCACAACUGAUUCAAGAAAACAAAAGCAUCACAUGAUAUUCUAUUUUUGUUUCAUUUGCACCCAAUGUUAUUUUCACAGCCUUGGAUUUUAAAUAGUCAGUGGGGACGUUUGUGUUACACUGACAUGUCUUUUUGUUAAUGGUGUUAGUCUUGCAAGAAAUGGAGACUUACUAGUCCUUUUAUAUUCGAUAAUUUCAUUGAAGAUUUGAAACAUGAUAAUGUGUCUUCCGGCGUGACCGUAUUUGAGGGUGAAGCAAAAACUAUUGGCAUUAGUAUCUAGGCCCAUAACAGGACAAAAAAUAUCCCAAAAUAUUAGCACCUAACGUGUGAGGACAGAGCUCAAUCAAAGUAUUCUAACUUUAGACAUUUUUUAUCCGCCUAUUUGCUGAACGCGGGACACGCUAUGCAACUGAUGUAAACAGUGCAUUGUGACGUCAUAUUCAGCAUCAGUGUUUAGCAAAUACACAAACAUGGGAAACGUUGUACAAUUUACGUUAAUCAAGGAGUGAUUAUAGUGAGCGCAGCGAGCCAGCGCGGAGCGCUGGCUCGUACUGCGAGCUCUAAUGACUAGAGCGCGGGAAAUAAUCCGAGCUAAAUCUCAACCUCUAACAAGAAUUUUUUUUUUUUGACGCCAAUCCCAGAAGUCCCUCGUACAAAAUGGCGGAUGGUUCGAUUCGUAAAAAUAAUAAUAAAAAAUCUUUGAAGUAUUACAAACCUUUCUUAUUUGAAAGGAAAGGAUGAAAAUCAUAUUCUUCCCCCUUUCUUUUUCUUUUUAAAAUAUUGUCUAAAGAAAUGUAAACAGUCACGUCACAACUACCAGGCUACGUCGCUGCGCUCGCUAUAAACGUGUUACCUAUAGGGAGAGCUCCGCUCUCACGGCCCUUCGGGCCGUGAGAGGGCUUCGCCCUCUAUUAAUUGGACAUUUACUGCUGAGAUUGCUCUUCAUUUGAACAAGUUAAUGGAAUCUAGUGAUGAUGUCACAAUAAACAUUCUUUACUUUCUCU